CUUAAUUAUAUUUAUUACUAUUACUAUCCAUCCUUUUAAUACGCAAACAAAUGGAAACAUGCUAAGCCCAAUGCUAGUUUCAAGUGGGACCGAACCGGGACGCCACAGUUUUCAGCACUGAAACGAUUCUGACGGCUGCUUCCAUAGGCGACGCACGCUUACCCGCAUCAGAACUACACGCAAAUACGUAGCACUAAUACAACUGUAAUAAAAGUAUAAUAUAUUAUAAUAAAACUAAUUAAAUAAUACAUGAGAUAGUGAUGUCCCUUUUAGAAAAUUUUGUGUAAAUGUGAGUUGUAGUGCUGUGUGGAUACAAUUGUAGUUAAUUGACGAGAAAGUUUUCUACAAACUGUACUAGAGGAUAUUAAAAAACUUCUUCAGCUUUUAUCCAAACUGCUGCACAAGAUGUGAAUCUUCAGGGUCAUGGAGGUGGAGGAGUGUUACAACUGCAGUCUCUAUGUGGUCUUCAAUGAGAGUCUCCCCUACAACUUCACUGCCAAUGUCACCACCAUUAACAAAUUCUACUUCUAUCAGACAGCUCAGGUGGCGGUGCUAUGGAUCCUGCUGGUGGCGAUCGUAGCAGGCAAUGCGACCGUGGUGUUGGCACUGCUGCUCACCAAAUCCAGAAAAAGCAGGAUGAACUUUUUCAUCAUGCAGUUAGCUAUAUCUGAUUUAUUAGUGGGUCUUAUAAGUGUACUUCCAGAUUUAGUUCAACGUAUAACAAUCACUUGGCUUGCAGGUUCAAUAGCUUGCAAGAUGAUGAAAUAUUUACAGGGUGUAGUCACAUAUUCAUCUACAUAUGUAUUGGUAGCGCUGAGUAUAGACAGAUGUGAUGCCAUUACGCAUCCAAUGAAUUUUACAGGAAGCUGGCGACGGGCGCGCGCUCUCAUUUUAGUCGCCUGGUUUAUUAGUUUUUUAUUCUGUGUUCCCAUGUUAUUCCUGUUUGAUGAAGCUGAUGUAGGUAUUAUCCAAUGCUGGUCGGGUAUAAGUAAGCUGCAAUGGCGGAUAUGGAUGACGAGCGUGUUCGUUUCAUUAUUCGUGGUACCAGCCGUAACCAUUGCCGCUUGCUACGGUGUUAUUGUGGUCACUAUACGACAGAAGAGUAACAGGGUGCUGGGGAGAAGGGCCACUGCCACCAGACAAUAUAGUGACGAUCUGGAUAGUAGGCGCGCGAGCAGCCGCGGCAUCAUACCCAAGGCAAAAAUAAAAACUGUGAAGAUGACAUUUGUUAUUGUUUUUGUAUUCGUCCUCUGCUGGUCACCAUACAUGAUAUUCGACCUACUACAAGUGUAUGAUUUCAUCCCUGAUACGCAAGUCAACGUGGCCAUAGCAUCGCUGAUACAGAGUUUGGCGCCUCUGAACUCGGCGGCCAAUCCUGUCAUCUACUUCAUAUUCUCCAACAGAAUAUUCAUUAGCCUCAGGAACAUACCCCCAUACAAAUGGUUGUGGUGCUGGGUGAAAGCCAGUGAAAGUCCAGCAGGCAACGAGUCUCGGGCUCACACCGAAUUGCUUACAUCUUCGCAUCGGAGGACCAGACACGAUCUUACUGUCAGGGUUAAAGAAGAUAGCCUCAAAUACUCCAAACCGAGAGUUCAUCAGUGCAACAGUACGAGCUCAAGGAAAGUCCGCCUCCACCUUCCAGAUGGUCAGAACCAGAUCAACAACAAUUGUCACCCAGUGCAGAGGAGACGCGACGAUACGUUUUUGUAAUGUAUUUAUGUACUUUUUAAUUACAGUUGAUUCGAGAACAUUCUAAAUUUUGAAAAUGUUACUUUUUAAUAUUCUGUAUUGUUAGACACUACAUUCCUAUUACUUAAUUGAUAAUGGACUAAGACACGGCGUAAAUAUAUAGCCUCAUCUGUUAUUUCAUACUGAGAAUGUUUAUAAUUUGACGACCUCGGUGGUCUAGCGGUUUAGCUCACCGCUUUACUUCUAAUAGU